AUGGACGCCUCCUCCCUCCGCAUCUCCAAGUUCGAUGGAACUAACUUCCACGCCUGGAAGUUCAAGAUGCAGAUGGUGCUGGAGGAACGGGACCUAUGGGAGGUCGUCAGCGGUGAGAUCAAGGCGGAACAGUGCGAGACUCAGUUGGACCAAGCGACGUACAAGAGGAAGUCAAGAAAGGCGAUGGCAGUGAUCUGUCUAGCCAUGGAAGAUUCCCAGCUACCGUUGGUCCGGUCGGCAAGUGGUGCAUGCGACGCAUGGUCAAGGUUGGAAGACCACUUCGAGAAGAAGAGUCUUGCCAACAAGCUGUUCUUGCGCCGUCGCUUCUUCACGACAAUGAUGGAAGAAGGCGACGAUGUGCUCGAACACAUCAACAAGCUCAAGACGCUGGCGGAACAGCUAGAAGCGGUGGGGGCUCCAGUCUGCGAGGACGAUCUGGUGAUCACACUCCUCGGCAGCCUGAGUGACUCGUAUCAAUUCUUGAUCACAGCUUUGGAGUCGCGCUCAGACACUCUUAGCUGGGAGCUCGUGACGUCUCGACUGCUUCAUGAAGAAAUGAAGCGGAAGGAGCAAGGAAGUAAAGGUGAUGAAGCUUCGCAAGGUCAAGCGUUCAUCACAAGGGACAAUCAGCGCAAAGGGCGACCAGUGAAGAAGUCCUGGCCGUGCCACAAUUGCGGAAAGAUUGGUCACUGGAUGGCGGAGUGCCCCUCGCGCAUCCAAGAAAACACGGAGAGACACCGGCCACAGCGUGCUCAAGACAGCGGCGACCGCUAUCGAUCACAACGUGCAAACGUCGCUCAAGAAGAAGACUCGGGCGACUACCUCUUUUCGAUCGGUGAAACGACAUCUGCGAAAUCGAGCGACAUCUGGCUGGUCGACUCCGGGGCGACGCAGCACAUGACGUGCUCCAAGAAGUUCAUGCGGAACUACAAGGGGUUUGACGCUGUGGAUGUCCAUCUCGCGGAUGAUGGAAUCGUCCAAGCAAUCGGCAGUGGGGACAUUGUCAUGUCGAUGAAGACACCCCAAGGGAUGAAGAAAGUGACGUUCACGAAGGAUGGGUGCUAUGGAGAAGCGAAAGGGACCAAGUGGAAAAUUGGUGCCCGUGAAGGUAAAGGACUGUUCAAGCUGCAAAUGACUCCAGUGGCGCCGGAACAAGCAAAUGCAGCCAAGUCGUCGGGAUGUCAAGGGGGCACCAAGUCGUACCUCUGGCACCUUCGGCUUGGCCACAUAGGUCACGAUGGACUCAAUUGCAUCGUGACGAAGAACAUUGGAAUUGGCAUCGACAUAUCUUCGGUGAAGAAGUGGGACGUGUGUGAAGGUUGUGCUCUGGGAAAACAGACUCGAGUGCGCUUCCAAUCAAACACUACAGCUCGCACCUCCAAACUCCUCGAAGUGAUUCACAGCGACGUAUGCGGACCGAUGUCGAUGGCAACUUUCAGUGGAAAACGGUACUUCGUGACAUUCAUUGAUGACAAGUCAAGAUACUGUGUCGUCUAUCUGCUCAAGAGCAAAUCUGAAGUUGCGGCGAAGUUCAUGGAAUACGCUGCGAUGGCCGAAACGCAAACCGGAAAGCGCGUGAAGUACCUUCAAAGCGACAAUGGGGGUGAAUACUGA